CAGCAUUUUGCGUGGGCUGUUGCGCUACUUUCGGGUACCAGUUUGGAGCCAUGUUUAUUUCUCUUGCUGAUAUGGUUGAGUCCUUUUCCGUGCGCGGGAAAAAAACAUCGCAUGCUCAUAGUACGUCAGUGGGACCGUCUUCGCACGUCUGCAGGUGGUGAGUCAACUAUUUCCCCUUCUUCUAAUCAGCACAGCAUCGACCAGUCCCUCCCUACCCUCCAAAAAUGAGCUCCCUGCAGGAAGUGAGGUGCUUGACACGGAUACAUAGAAACUCAGGAGGUAUACUUGCUUGCAGCGGCGAGUCAGGUAGCCAAGACCAUGAACUUGGGCCGUCUAUCACCAACGGUGCAGCUGCCGCUCGCACAUGUUGCAAUUCAACCGGCCUUGACGAAAGAGCCACGGUUUACUUUAUAGAAAUCAGCCUCUGUCGUCAGUAAAGACUCUUAAGUUGCCAGUUUCCGGAGAUAAAAUACUUCCUUCUAUGUACCUGAGCCAGAAAGGUACCCGACUUUGACAUGCAAUACAAUUACUGUUUCGAAUUAAGAAAAAAGUUAGCACUUGAUGCCAGUUUCACUCUUAUUUAUCUGUCGCCUUGUUGUGUCUCAUCUGCUUGCAGGUCUAGUCAAACUUUAAAGCUUGUGUUUCUUCUUCGGACUCCUCUCCCAUGGCAAGUAUGUCGUCGAUUUCCAGACGCGUUUGUCUGCCCAUCGCGAUGAUAUUGUACCUUACCGUAUGUGUUUCCUCUCAGACGCCUGUAGCCGGCGCACGCCCACCGAAACAGAACCUCUGCGUUGCCACAGCCUGCACUUAUACUGUCGACAUCGCCUUGGCAGACUGCAACGGCCGACACUUGACAUGCUUACCGUUGUCGUUCAACCAGGCGGUCAAUAUAGACAUGGGACAAAACAACAUCGGUCACCUACCCCGCGGAAUGCUGACCGGCUACUUCAGACUCCGGUCACUGGACCUGUCCAACAACGUGAUAUCGACCAUCGCGGAUGGGGCCUUCAACGCACUGAGGACGCUCAAAAGCCUGACCUUGAGUUUCAACCGGAUUAACCGGAUAGGGGCCGGGACGUUUACCGGUCUGAGGAACUUACAGAACCUCUAUCUGCAAGGCAACAGCAUAACAUCGAUACAUGUGAAUGCGUUCGCGGCUAUGACGGAGAUACGAGACUUAAAUAUCGCUGGUAAUCAAUUGCUGACCCUGCCUGAUGCAGUCUUCAGCCCCAUGGUUAACAUCCGGAGACUCAUGCUGCAGGAAAACCAGCUGAGUACCACCAAUCGCUUCUUGACCGGAUUAAGGAGCUUGGUUGAGUUGGAUCUGGAUGGUAACCGGUUCACCACUCUGCCGGACCUGAGCGGCUUGCGCAUGCUCGGUGAUCUUGAGGUAACAGAUUCCAAUAUACGGAGAAUCAAGAACAAUUCAUUUGCUGGUUGCGGACGGAUGAAAGAGUUGAUUCUUUCGAGCAACUCUAUCGACACGAUCGAAUCCGAAGGGUUUAGCGGGUUAGGGGACCUGACGGACCUCCAUCUGUCGUUUAACGCCCUUCAGACUUUUCCCGAGUAUGUAUUCCGCCAGCUGGUCUUCCUGGAGAGACUGUAUCUGCACAACAACUUGUUGAGGUCGCUGUCGGCCAAUCACUUUGCAACAUUGUCAAGGCUGCGCGUCUUGUCUUUGGGCAACAACCAAUUGAGCGUCUUUCCCCCUCUACCUGCGAGCAGAUCGCUGCUCACUUUGGAUGUUACCUCCAACCACCUUUCAACAUUUACCAAGGAUGUCCUGAUCUCCCUCCCCGUCUUGAAUCGCCUCCUGCUGGUCAACAACCCGCUCCAGUGCGACUGCCGCCUCAAACACCUCCGCCAGUGGUUCAUCAACAGCGGUCGGCGGCACCGGAGCUCCGAGAUCCCGCGAUGUGACCUGCCAUCAGCCAUGAGCCAGAUGCGUCUUACAGCCGCUCCGGCAUCCGACUUGAUCUGCACCCCGCCUUCCGUGUGGGCCCGCAAGGCCGCAGUCAUCGGCCUGGAGGGCCACAACAUCACGCUGGACUGCAGCAGAACGGGCGGGUUCCCCUCACCGAUCAUCUCCUGGCGGUCCCCCAAUCAGAGAGAGCUCCUCCCCGAUGUGCUGUCUGGGAGGUACCUCGUCUCAGAUGACGGCCCCAUGAUGGUCAUUAGAGCUACCAUGGCCGAUACCGGACUUUUCACCUGCGUUGGGACUAACCCGGCCGGUAUGGCCACCAUUCCGGUAGCACUCAAAGUCGAAAGGAAUCCUAACCUACCAAUCACUACCGCUGCAACGGAAGGGGUUGUCCCUGUGACACCGGCUAGGGUGGCACCCUCGACUUCCUCCGGCGUGCUUAAACCGAUAACUCCAUAUGUCCACUUGGUAACGCCCUUUGGGACUCUCCCUGACAACAAACCACCGGAUGAACUCACACCGUUGAAGCCAGGGAAGCCGGGGAGGGAAAAUAACCCCAGACUUCCGGGGGAAAAGCCGCCGCACUCGGACGACGACCGUUAUUGGAACGAGACCAACUGCGAUACAAAUCCCACCAAAGUGGCCCUGUGGAUCUUCCUGACUUUCUUCUUGACCUGUCUCCUUUGCACCGUCUUCUUCUGGUCCUGGUACCACCGCCUCCUCCCCAGGAUUAUCGGGCGGCCACCCAACCUCCGGUCGCUGAAGAGCCGGCGGCCCAUGUCGCGGAACAUCGUGCCACUGCGUUCCCGAGCGGCGCGGGCCUACAACCAGAUGCAGAGCGAAGGGGUCUACAUGCGGCCCAGCGCCUACAGAAGCGACAGCGACGCCACCCGGAGCUCGCUCAGCAGCUUCGAACAGGACAGCCGCUACGUGAUCACGGAAAGCGUGGGGGACCCCGACUGCCAAGUGCGGCGGCAACACAUACUCAACAGGCUCACCCUCAAGUCGUCGGGGGUGGCCAACCCCAGCCGGCACACUUACAUCAAUGCCGAUAUCAUCAUGAGUGAAUCGAAUUACACGGCGCUUUGCACGACCAAAGACGCCAGGCGGUCGUCCGUGCAGCAGGCGCCCGUGGAACCACCCCCAGAGGAGAACGCCAGUCAGCAGCUUCAACGGAAACCAGUUACCGAAAAGAGUGUGGACAGUCGAAUAUACAUGGAUCUAAGUUGAAGGAACCUUUCAAGCCUCUGAGACUUCCUUAAAAUUUUAGUUAAAUGUAACAAAAGAAAUAAAUCUAAGUUAUUAUUUUUAUUUUAGUUUUAGGGGCAUAUGAUGGCAUAAUUCAGCACUAAGAACAUUGAAGUUUGUACAUGUAUUCAUCCAUUCACGUCCAAAACUUUUUCAAACACUCUAGGGAAAACGGAGGCAACAAUGCGUUUCGCUUGCAAAAUGACUACCAGUAAUUAAAUUCAGUUUGUUGUAUUGUCUGGAUCAAUGUAUUCCACAUUCCAUCACUGUAAAUAUGUAAAAUAAACAUGCCUGUACAAAAAUGUCUGUAUAUAUGUAAAAUGUUUGUGCAAAGGACGAUUGUAUCGAAAUAGUACGACCGAAAGUUGAGACUUCCAGUGGACGCAUUGGAAGGCUGUACUAGAGCCUUCUUUUGGUCUGCAGGUACGUCUAAGUACCUUCGACUGUCAUUAUGAAAGGGCUGCUGGGACUAGCCAAAAGUAACUUCUUUUAAUUAACUGAGACUCUUGUUGUACAAGGACUGUAGAAAAAGAAUGAAAAACAGAAGAAUUCAAGGGACUUUGGACGUCAGUAAAGUGCUCUUGAUUCUUCUGGUGAAAAUGCGCCGGCGUAUUAUGAUUAUGAUGUUCAUAUAUCGAAGAGUCGAAUGUACAAGAUGAAUAGUAGGUGAUAAAGUCGUGAAAAUUUCGUCCUUCAGCACCAAGGAGGUGCUGACCUUGUGUUGUGAAUGUGUGGAAACACAGCUUUUGAUACGUCCACGCCACACACUGAAAGGUACGGAUUUUUGGCUGGGUAGAGGGAUCAGACUAAAAUUUGUAACUUACUUGAAACAUUUAUUCGCUAUUCCCGAUAUACACUCAUUAAUACUAAAAACUCUUAUUAUCUAGGCCACGCUGACUGUGUCCAGGCUCAGUUGAAUCACUCCUUUUUCUGGGAGAAGGGUGUAAUUCUGUGGGCUUGAAGUAGUUAAGAUUCAUUUCUCAAGGGGGAAGAGGGAGUGUGUAUCCUCAGGCUUAAAUAAAGAUACAUGUUUCUCAUUUCCCUGGGUACCAGUUUGAGUCUCGAGGGGAAGUCUAAAAACAGCCAGCGCUUGAUUUCCCGUACGCUAUAUCUUGAAGUGUCAAUUGAUUAUAAACAGUGUUAAAAGAUCUGGGGGAUUUACAAAGAUUUACCAGAGUGUCAUGACUACGUCAUGUUUGACUGGUUUAUUAAUAUUUUUGCUAAGCGAAAAAAACUUGCUUAGCUUAAAUUAUUAUCGCUUUAAAAGUAACAUACUGUGCUUUGACGACUGCAGGCUUAGCAUAUUUCUGGUAAGUAAAAUUUUAAGUAGAAUUGUACUUGGCUGCCCUUGCUUACUACAUAGAAUAGUCCCUCAAAUGUUUUCAUUAGGGUCUUUAUUCAAUUUUUUGUGUGUUUGUUAUCAUCACAUGCUGUUUGGUUGUUGUUGCUGAUAUUUGUGAAACAUUUUACGUGUGCUUUUUUCCUGUUAUCUUAAUAUGUCGUGAAAACUUGGACCAACUUUAGCGGGCGAAAUAGUGUGACAUACUGCUUGUAUAAUAAGUACUGUUUUUGACAAUCUGGUGAUAAAGUUAGGUAUCUUCUUGGAUGAUAAUUUGUGGAACAUAACGAGGGUUGUAUAGUUUGAUGAAAACAUUCUUGUAUGACGUAAGACAGAACAACACUUAUAAGCAUCCCUUUACUUUGAAUUUAGGAUCAAAAAUUGUAGAAACUCCUGCCAAUCGUUGCCGAAAAAAUAAAACCGUGGGAAUCCCCUUACAAGCCGGAAUGUCUUGCAGAGCGUGGGAAAGGCGACCUUUAAUUUUUGAGUAGAGGCACGUGUAUAGAGGGCGCUAUUCAACUUGUGUCCCGGAGCGGCACCUGCGCUGCGGCCGUAUCCCGAAGUUUUUGUCGGGUUCAAGUUGGCAAAAGCAAGACCUUGUGUACCUGUUUAAGGUGUGUACCACACAGUGCAAGUAACUCUGUUAUAUCAGGGGCAUUAUUUAUAUACGAGGGGAAAAAACACCCCAAAAAACAAGGCCAUGACCCGCAUGGAUGAUGAGUCAUUGGUCGUGUUCAGCAUUACUAUACCGGUGUCUAUUCGAAGAAGAAAAAUUAAUUGAUUGGGGCGAUGCAGUAAUUUGAACUUCAGAGUGUGUUAAUGAUCAUCCAGAUAAGACUGUGCUUGAAAUUAACGACUGUAAGGAGGAAGCUGUUGUGAUCAAUCCGGUAGAUGUCAGGAAAAACAAUCAUUACCUUCGUUAUUUAUCAGGUGAAUCGUUUUCAUAUUGUAUUAGAAAUGUAAUGACCGAGAAGGGUGCUUGUUCAAUAAAUGGAUA